UCAGUUGUGCAAGAGAGGGGGACGUGACACAAUGGUCGGAGGACUGACUGCUGUUAUACUUCUAAGUAUAUUGCAUAUGAUUCGGACCCUCAAGGUUCCUCACCAGACCUCUUUGACUGAGACUAAACUUGGUGAUGAUGUGACUUUAUUAUGUAGACCGUCUGACUCUAUUCGACAGCUCUUUUAUUGGUACAAAAUGAACUUCGGACACAUGAUCCAAAGAAUUUUGAUGGGCAGUUUUAACAAAUUAACUUUUGAAGUGCAGUUUCAAAACUCAAGAUAUGAUGUCAAAAAAGUGGGGAAUGGUUAUGCUCUCGAGAUAAAGAAUGUCAGCAAAGACGACGAAGCAACAUACUUCUGUCAAGUAGGAGCAGCGUACACGAUGGAAUUCAUCAAUGUCACAUUUCUGGCUGUGAAUGAACCUAAACAAAUGCAUCAAGCUGUAAAUGUGAGACACAGUUUAGAUACGGAGUCCGUCCCACUGGGCACGGCAGUGAAGCUGCACUGUUCUCUUCUUUCAAAGAACAACGCACAUGUAAAUCAGUGCCCAGAUGAAAACAGAGUUUACUGGUACAGAGCUGGUUCAGAAUCUCAUCCAGGAGCAAUUUACCAAAGCAGAGCCACCUGUGACGAUCCGGCCGGAGGGAGCUGUUUCUACCACCUGUCCAAAGCUAUAAACAAAUCCUCGGAUGCUGGGACUUACUAUUGUGCGCUGCUCACAUGUGGAGAGAUCCUGUUUGGUGGAGGAACUAAAGUGGAGAUAAGUAUGUUUUUGACCAUGAUGUAUACUAUAGUUGAAAAUUACCCUAAUUCAGUUAAUUUUGUUUCUCUGGCCUUCAGUGUUUUUUUUUUUUUUUUUUUUACAUUUCCUUCUGGGGUCUAUGUUACAUUGAAUUAUAUAACAUGUUUCUCUUGUGACAUGGCUAAAUUUGAGCAUUUGCACUUGCGGUAAAAUGCAGUAGAUUGCAAUAUAAAAAUGCCAAAAAUAGUCAAAAUAAUUUUAAUAAAACAACUUUUUUGAAACCUUCUUUUGUUGUAAUUAUCCUGCUUGAUUGCACCACCAUUCUUUCAAGCCCUUAUGAGGAACAUCAGCAAUUCCGACAUCUUUCCCAAUAAUGUUGCUUAAUAAAUCCUUAAAGGAUGCACUAAGAACAAGGAAUAUUUCUACCAGCUGUGAUGAUAAUGCAUCCAAAAGUAACGGAUACAAGCUGCUACUCAGGUCAAUACAGAACAUCUGUUAAAGGGAUCAUAAUUGUAAAUAACGCUAACUUACUUUAUUAAAUUUACUAAGACCCAAACA